CUGGCCGGAAGCACAGCCCGCGGUGAUCGGUCCCCUGUGCCCGAGGCUCGCUUCCUCCUCCCAGGUCAGGCGUCCAGGAGACGACGCUGACUCCAGCCCCUGCUCCCUCGGCCCCUGGAGACAGAACCAGGCGCAGCCCCAUGGAGCUCCCCAGGCGCCCUGUGUGAGGAUGGGCUGUGUCCUCGGUGCCCGGCCGCCCUUGGGUGUGCUCGUCUCCUGCACACAACUUUCAGGUCCGCGCCCGCAGCAGCCUGCUUCCCCUCAGGCGCAAAUGAAGUAAUGAAAACCUAACGCCAGUAUUUAUACUUUGUACUGUUAAAAUACUAGCCCCCCCCCCCCCUUGUUUUAUGAAGAGACGUUUGAUAGGAAAGUCAGAAGGUAUUAAAAUGAAGGAAACUCCAACACACUCGGGUGGCGGGCCUCGCGGCCGCAGGGCAAACCAGGACUGCAGGCUUCCUGGGGUGCGUGGGCCUGGCGGGAGGGGUCGGAUGGGGCGUCUGCGGCUGCCAGGUGUGCCCCUGCCGGCACUGGUCCAGGGAGAGUCUGUCCUGAACGACUCCCCAAAGUGUGCACCAAAGGGGCCUGCCCACAGGAAAGAUGGAUCUGCGCGGGCGGGCUCACGGGGCUGCAGGGCCCCGGACAGGCGGAAGAUGCAGUCUAGACAACCCAACCAGCCUGGGGUGCCGAGCCCGCCCACCACCCCUCGCCCUCUCCCGCACCCUGCCUUCUGUGUCAGCUGUAGGGGCGUGGUGGCGCCUCCCCUCCCCUCCUCACGUCUUCACGAAGAAAUCACAGCCCCCCAACCCAACGCUGUUCUGAACCCAAAACACCCUAAAAGCAAAGGCUGGAGGCCUAUGCAGAACUACGGACACACGCUGGACUCAGGCUGCAGUAAGCCUUGGGGGACAGAGCAGCAGGAACUGGUGAGGUCUCUGGGCGCUCCUGGCGGUGACGAGCACAGAUGCCGGCUGGCUGCUCCACGGUCCCAGGGCCUGAUGAUGAGCCGGGGUCUCGGUACAGACCCCUCCACUCCUGCUGCUGCUGCGUUCUGAAGCCCCCUAUGCCCCCCAACUAGAGGAGCAAGCCCAGCUUCGCCUCAGCCACUAGCAUCUCAACAAUCUACUUUCCAUGGACGUUGGCUUGACAAUCUCAUGCUGAAUUCUGGGUCACUUCUUGCUGCCCCAGUAUGUUUGAUUCCUAGUACUCCUGCCACGGUUGCUAAAAAAUUGAAUGAAUUUUGAACCAUUUCAAUGAGAUCAGGCAGGUUUGGGAUUGUAUGGCCGUAUAUAGACUUGAGGCAUUUAGAAGAGAAUGAGGAGCUAUUUGGAAAAUGUAGGGGGCAGACUGUGCACUCUGUCCUUUUUCUUUAAAAAAAAAAAAAACCUCCAUUAGUAUGUAUAUAUUUUGACUGUGUGGCAUGUGGGAUCUUAGCUUCUGACCAGGGAUCGAACCCACAACGCCUGCAUUGGAAGCAUGGAGUCUUAACCACUGGACCACCAGCGAAGCCCUUGACCGGCUUUAAUGACCUUAUUUCUGUCAACAGACAAACUCACCGACGUUACCAUGCUUCAUGACUCAGGAUCCCCAAAGCUGAAUUUAACCUUGGGUUUAUUUCAUGAAGGUUAUAAAACUUACUCUAAGAAACUAGGUCUUUUGCUAAUUGUGGCAGAUGUUAUCAAGAAGUCAGGACUUCCCUGGUAGCGCAGUGGGUAGGAAGCCUCCUGGCAAUGCAGGGGACACGGGUUCGAUCCCUGGUCCGGGAAGAUCCCACGUGCUGCGGAGCCCCUGGGUCCAUGGCCACAACUACUGAGCACCUGCUCUGGAACUGGCAAGCCGGAAUUCCUGAGCCCUCGCGCUAGGCCUACUGAAGCCUGUGUGCCUGCAGCCCGUGCUCUGCAACAAGAGUAGCCCCCACGACGAGGGGCCCGUGUGCCACAACCGGGGAGCAGCCUGCUCACCAACACUAGGGAAAAACGUGUGUGCGGCAGCGAAGGCCCAGCACAGCCAAGACUAACAUAAUUUUUUUAAAAAUUAAAAAAAGUCAAACAUUUGUUUCUUUAUAUAAAGGACCUGACAAAGGACAAACCAGGAAUAAGUCACUAAGAUGCUAAAUUACACAUCAAGUUCUUGUAGUUAAAAUCAGUCGGGAAAUGUGGGGGCCUCUCGUUUCUAACCCAUUACAUCUGCCCAGAUGGCUGGAGUUGCUGCAGGUGUGUCUGAGAAACUGGGGAAGAAAACCCACACGUUUGAAGAUUAAAUUACUUGAUACUUAUUAGCCAA